GAGAAGACCCGCAUAGAGCACGUUGUUCUCGGCCUCUCCCUGAGCUAGGCCAACUAUGGCGGCGGUGAAGACCCUCAACCCUAAAGCCGAGGUGGCUCGGGCGCAGGCAGCGCUGGCAGUGAACAUCAGCGCGGCACGGGGCCUGCAGGAUGUUCUGAGGACCAACUUGGGGCCUAAGGGAACCAUGAAGAUGCUUGUUUCUGGUGCUGGAGACAUCAAGCUUACCAAAGAUGGCAAUGUGCUGCUUCACGAAAUGCAAAUUCAACACCCAACAGCCUCUUUAAUAGCGAAAGUAGCUACAGCCCAGGAUGACAUAACGGGUGAUGGCACCACAUCCAAUGUCCUUAUCAUUGGGGAGCUGCUGAAACAGGCGGACCUCUACAUCUCCGAGGGUCUUCACCCCAGGAUAAUAACUGAAGGCUUUGAAGCUGCAAAGGAAAGGGCACUCCAGUUUUUGGAACAAGUGAAAGUAAGCAGAGAGAUGGACAGAGAAACACUCGUCGAUGUGGCCAGAACAUCUCUGCGAACUAAAGUUCAUGCUGAACUUGCAGAUGUCUUAACAGAGGCUGUGGUAGACUCCAUUUUGGCCAUUAAGAAAAAAGAUGAACCCAUUGACCUCUUCAUGGUUGAGAUCAUGGAGAUGAAACAUAAAUCUGAAACUGAUACAAGCUUAAUCAGAGGGCUUGUAUUGGAUCAUGGAGCACGGCAUCCUGAUAUGAAGAAAAGGGUAGAGAAUGCCUACAUCCUCACAUGCAACGUGUCCUUGGAGUAUGAGAAAACAGAAGUGAAUUCUGGGUUCUUUUAUAAAAGUGCGGAAGAGAGAGAAAAGCUAGUAAAAGCUGAAAGGAAGUUCAUUGAAGACAGGGUUAAAAAGAUAAUAGAGCUGAAAAAGAAAGUCUGUGGUGACUCAGAUAAGGGAUUUGUCGUCAUUAAUCAAAAGGGGAUUGACCCCUUUUCCUUAGAUGCCCUUGCAAAAGAAGGCAUUGUGGCUCUGCGUCGGGCCAAGAGGAGAAACAUGGAGAGGCUGACACUUGCUUGUGGUGGGGUGGCUCUGAAUUCCUUUGAUGACCUGAAUCCUGAAUGUUUGGGACAUGCGGGUCUUGUCUAUGAGUAUACCUUGGGUGAAGAGAAGUUCACCUUUAUUGAGAAAUGUAAUAAUCCCCGUUCUGUCACAUUGCUGGUUAAAGGACCAAAUAAGCACACACUGACUCAAAUCAAGGAUGCUAUAAGAGAUGGCUUGAGGGCUGUCAAAAAUGCCAUUGAUGAUGGCUGUGUUGUACCCGGUGCUGGUGCAGUAGAAGUGGCAAUGGCAGAAGCUCUGAUUAAAUACAAGCCCAGCGUGAAGGGCAGGGCUCAGCUUGGAGUCCAGGCAUUUGCGGAUGCCUUGCUCAUUAUUCCCAAGGUUCUUGCGCAGAACUCUGGUUUUGACCUUCAGGAAACACUAGUCAAAGUUCAAGCUGAGCAUUCAGAAUCGGGUCAACUAGUGGGUGUGGACUUGAACACAGGUGAGCCGAUGGUGGCCGCAGAGACGGGCGUGUGGGACAACUACUGUGUGAAGAAGCAGCUGCUCCACUCCUGCACUGUGAUUGCCACCAACAUUCUCCUGGUGGAUGAGAUCAUGAGAGCUGGGAUGUCCUCUCUGAAAGGUUGAAGAAGUCUCCCUUGUCGCUGCAUCUGUAAUACUACAGGCUGACGUGGGGAAAUGGUCGUUUUUAUCCAAGCUUCAAGUGAUUUGGAAAAGAAAUUUUCUUGUCCCAGUUGAAGAAAAGGGAACAGGACAUUUGGAACCUAUUCAAAUUAUAAUAUUGUAAAAAAAAUUUUCACUGUACGCAUAAAGCAGACACACU